ACCGGUCGGCGGUCGCAACUAAUGAAAAUUAAAUCAGAAAUUCAGAAUGGUAUUCAAUUUUGCUUGAACAACAUUAAGGCUACGUAUAGAUUUAUUAGUAAAAUUAAGAGCUUUGAAAUUGCGAAUAAACUAAAACAAAUUCGAAAUUAUAAAACAAUUAUAAAUAGAAGUGGCAACCUCGGUGCUGUUCUCGUACCGGUAACUGUAUUCGUAGUGAGGGAAAUCAUCUUCGUUAACUCGGGAGCAACAAAGACAUGAAUUAAAACUAUAUAGUUUUUGGUAUAGGAAUUAUAUCUGAUUCACCAAGUUAUUGCCGGAAUUUACAGUGAUAUUAGUUUUAGAAAUCUUCCAUAAAGGUCAAAUCUGGAAAUCUGUCGUCGCAACCUUGUUCAGAGUGCGUUUGCUUGUUGUCACAACUUCGUUCAAUUGUGUUUACGUCUAUUCGUUGCCAAACAUCGGAUCAAGCCGUCAACUGACUCAAAAGUUUUGGAGCAGACAGAAUGGCGACGCAGACAAAGUCAAGGGACGAAGUCGUUGAGCUGGAGAUUGAAAGUAUCGGCUCAAAGUAUAAAUUCUCGAAAAAAUUGCGCGGCAACUGGAUGAUGUUUUUCAGCAAGGAAUAUAUGAACGACAUGUGGGCAAAAGCCAAAGAUCUUUACCGCGCUGGACAGCUACACGGCAUCAUUUCCUUGAAGAUGUCAACGACCACUCGCGUUAGGAACACUGCUGAUGCUCAGCUAACAUACGGCGCAAUACACUACUGUUGCGGACCUCACACAAAUCGCGUACUUGUUCUUGAAUACGGGAAGGAUUUGGUUAAGAAAAUGCAGUAUUUUUGUAACACUUCCGGAUUCAUAGGGUACAAUGCUGAAGAUCAGUCGAAAAUUAAGAAGAAGACUCCUCGAGCAAGAGAACAAUAUUUGUACCGUUUACCUGUGCCGACGUACGAUCAUCUGGAACAGAGGUCGGUCGUGUGUUCGGAGCCCCCAAUAGAGGUGCCAUCACAGGUGCUGACCCGUGAAUGGGUAACUGAAGUUGUAGGAGAUUUCAUUAAGGAACCUGCGGAUUUCGACCAAUAUUGCACAUGGAUGAUGUAUUUCCCCAGAGGAACCCCUCACGACUCAGCAUGGGUCUCGGCAUGUCGCCUCUACCGCGCAGGUGAACUGUUCGACGUCGCCUACAUAUCAACGUCUACAGCCAAACCCUUGCCGGACAAGAAGAAUGACGCAGAUGGAGUCGUAAGAUUCUACUGCCGGGACAACAUACCAACGUCCCAACUGGAGCAAUGUGGGAAAAAUCUCAUAAAUAAGCUGAAUUACUCAGCCAAAUUUGGAUCCCUUUGUUGUUAUUCUUACCAGGCGUUCUUGAAUAGGCGCGUUCGCGUUGUACUUUGCCGGGUGCUCAGAUCUAGUGUCUCAUUCAAAUAAAGUGCGUCACUAUAAUGGGUUAUUUUUGUACUUCUUUUGUACUCUCAUACUUAUCGAAGCACGUCACUGCAUGGAAUGAGUUAUUUGUUCUGCACUUUAAUUGUACACUCAUACUUAUCGAAGCACGUCACUGGAAUGAGUUAUUUGUUUUGCACUUUAUUUGCACUCUCAUACUUAUCGAAGCACGUCACUGGA